AUGGCGUGCUCCUCCGAGAGCUACCCCUCCAUCCAGCAGCCCACCACCUCCGCCGAACACCACCCCGCCAUGGACCUGCAAUUCACGACCCCCACCAUGCCGCAGUCCACCUUCCCCUGGAGCUCGCCGGGUGAGCCCGAAGUCUAUACACUUCCCCACACCCCCAUGACUAAUCCCUCGGAAGACCCCUUUGCCAUGUGCACUGCUCCUUCUGCGCCGCCGGCUUCAGCUGCUGCGUCGUCACGUCGCCGCACCAGCAGCCGCACCUCGUCGCGCUCACCCACCAGCGACGACGCCGGAAACAGCUUCAAGUUUGUUACCGCAACCCGUCCCGAGGAGUUCAAGGAUCCGGAAUUGAUGCGUACCGUGCGUUCGCAUGUCAUGUUUGGCGUGGUCGAGGGACGCCAGCGCGUCCCGCCCCGAGCCAAGAAGCCGGCAGCUGCCCCUGCCCCAGGUGCUUCGACGCGUGGAGAGAGCAGCAGCACUGUCACCACUGCUCAGAAGAGGACGCCGACCCUGAGGAGGUCCGAUUCCGCCGCCGACGCUAAUCCGGUCAACCCGCAAUUCAUGGGGAGGGAGGAGGCCCUGGAUAUUUUCCAGAGAUAUCGUGUCCCAAGAUCAUCAGCCUCUUUGCCCGGUAGCACGCCGCACAGCGACCAAGGCACCGAUGUCGACAGCCCGGAAUCUCAACGGUCGAGCCUGGUGAAGAGACCGAAGAGGAGCUUCGUCGACACUCCUCCAACAACCACUCCCAUCGAGCAGCAGCUGCCCGAACAGAUACUUGUCCAGCCGCCCCAAGGCGGAAGCCAGUGGAUAAAUCCGCUUUUUCAUUCCGCCUUCCAGGUCAUGGGACCGUUUGAGGCCUUUGCGCCGGCUCCCUCCAAUCCGUUCUCUUCUCACGACCCCUUUCUGGCUCUUCCACAGCCAAACUCUAACAUCAAUAUGCCAGCAGUGAAAUACUACUGCCAUCUCUAUUUCGGCACGCGAGGGAUGGCGCGUGCAUGGCUACCGCAGAUGAUCCAAUCGCGCGAAUCGUUCCUCAGUACUCUUGCCAUUGCCACCAGUCAUCAGGAUGCUAUGGCAGGCAAACUUGCGCCCACUACCCUCACCACCAUGGUCCAGACGGAAGUGGCCCACCUUCUGAGAGAAGCCUUCAACGAGCGCUGGUACAGAAUCAAGGAUACCACCAUCAUGACCGUGGUUCAGCUCCUCUGCUCUGAGCUUGUUAACUCUAGUGCUGACCGCCUUGUCUUUCACGAAACCGGCCUGCGUCAGCUUAUCUCCGAGCGUGGCGGCCUGAACCGCCUCGGCCUCCAGGGGGAGCUGGCGGCGGUCGCGACGGCGAUGAUAUACUCAUCAGCCAUCUUUCGCGAGGGAUCGCCUGAUUCAAUGUUCUCAGAGUACGCCAACACGGUUCGCCCUUCAGUCUAUAGCGACAGGCAGAUCGUCCCCGAGUCGCCGCUGUUCUGCCCGCGCAAGCGCUUCUCGACGUUGGAGCGCAGCCGACGGUGCGACAGGCGCACGCUGGAGCUCAUCAGCAAGAUGAAGGAGCUCGUCGACUUGGUCGACAGCCCGCUCGAGCAGAGCAGCUGGGACACGGAGUCGUACAAGCGCGAGAUCCUCAACUACAUGCGCGGCCUGCCGCCGGCGGAGAUGCUGCCCGAGCCGUCAACCGACAUCGAAAGAAAGGCGCACUGGCGCUACGAGGCAUGCCGACUCACGGCCAUCCUGCACGCCGAGAGCCUGGUUCACCGCCGUCCGCUGUCUUCGCUGCCGUUGGAAGCCAAGUCCACCACCCCGGCUUCGGAGCGCUCGGUGGGAGAGGUGCCCGACGCGGUGUCGUUGGAGAGGCUGGUCGAGGCGGUCAAGAGGAGCGAUUGCGGGUUCUCGGAGUGUUGGGGCGACAUGACGGGUUUGCUGUACUGGAUCACGCUCGUGGGCGGCGCGGCGGCCCGGGAUGAGGCGCCGCAGCGCAGGUGGUUGACGGCGUUGAAUGUGAGGUGCGCGAUUGUGUUGGCGUUUGAGCAUCGCAGCGCGGUGGUUGUGAGCUUGAGGAAGAUGCACAGGAGUAUGGUCGCUAGGUUUUGA